GACGUAUUCAUAUAUGAACAGUGAUUAAUGAUUAGGUUCUUCAAUUUGGAAGUAAGAGAUGUCUGCGCAGUAUGAAAAAUCUGACUCCAAACCUCCUUCUGGAUCAGGGUCUUGCUUGUAUGAUCUCUUAUGUUCAGAAACACCACGUUGGGAUCGACCAAGUGAUGCAGAGAUUACUACAUCUUGGUUUCUCAGAAAAGAACGGAAAUCCUCUGGUGCACAAGCAAAGCUUGAGAGAAUGUUGGAAGAGUCUGGGAAUAGUAUUUGUGCUGAUUGUGGAUCUCCGGAUCCUAAAUGGGUAUCUUUAAGUCUUGGAGUUUUUAUUUGUAUCAAAUGCUCCGGUGUUCAUAGAAGCCUUGGAACACAUAUCAAAGAGGUUUUAUCAGUAAAGCUAGAUGAAUGGACGGAUGACCAAGUUGAUUCUCUGGUAAAUUUGGGUGGCAAUAACGUAGUAAACAAUAAGUAUGAAGCUUUCCUUCCUGAUAGCCUUAGUAAACCCAGACCAGAUUCCUCCAUUGAAGAACGCUCUGAUUUCAUUAGGAGAAAAUAUGAGAUGCAGCAAUUUUUGGAAGGCAAUGAACAAACGAACUGCUUCAAUCAGCCGCAUCAUCAGACUUCUUUGUCGACAUUACGAAAUACUUCCAACAACCAUUUUAGUGACAAAAAACAUAGUGAGAAACAUAGCAGACAUCGAAUUGGUCAAAGAUUUAGAAACAGUUGGGGAAGAAAAGAUUGUGAUCAGCUGAAGAGUAAGAAGAGCAACUCUUUGGCAGGCAUGGUUGAAUUUGUUGGGCUGAUUAAAGUGAAUGUCGUUAAAGGCACCAAUCUAGCAGUCCGGGACAUGCUCACUAGCGAUCCCUAUGUCAUUCUUGCAUUGGGUCAACAAUCGGUAAAGACUCGUGUCAUAAAGAACAGCCUAAAUCCGAUCUGGAACGAAAGCUUAAUGUUGUCAAUUCCAGAAAGCAUUCCUCCUUUGAAAGUGCUUGUGUAUGAUAAAGAUACUUUCAAGGCUGAUGAUUUUAUGGGGGAUGCCGAGAUUGACAUUCAACCGCUUGUUGCGGCGGCAAAAGCCUACGAAAAGUCCGAGAUUAAUGUCAUGAAGCUUGGAAAACCAGUGGCAAGCAAAGAGAACCACCUCGUAAAAGAUGAUACCAUAACCUUAACAGAUGGGAGUGUUAAACAGGAGAUCUCCCUUAGGCUACAAAAUGUUGAGAGAGGAACGUUAGAGAUUGAACUCGAAUGCGUCCCGCUAACGCAAUAGUGGUCGUAAAUAUCCCGGUACAUAUUGAGAUGUCAAAACCGAUUGGAUUAUGUAAUAUAGGAAUGUUAUUCUUUUUAUAAGAUUUGGAUUCGAGCAGUUGUAUUUGUAAGA